AUGUUUAGAGAUCGCACCAACCUGUUCCUAUCAUAUCGACGGACGUUCCCACAUAAUGUUCAGGUGACAAAAAAUCGAGAUCCAUUCACUGAUCUAGAGGAUGUCGCGGGUGAUGAAUCUUUUCCCAUGAUGGAUAUGGACAAAGGCUCUCAAGGUUUACCACCGCAGUUCAUGGACUUCACAGAGCAGAUAGAUGAGCAUCUCAAAUCAGCUGAGACACAGAUGAUACAAUUGACGAAGCUGUAUCGGAAAAACUCACUUCCCGGAUUCGAAGACAAAACCUCUGACGAGCAGGAGAUCGAGGAACUGAGCUACCGCAUUAUUAAGCUUUUCCAACAGUGCUACAACGUGAUGAAGAAUCUGAAAGCGAUCCAGUCCGCACAACGAUUCAGAGACUACCAACUGAACAAGGGGGACAUAAUAAUCCUCGACAACCUCCAGAAGAACUACGCAAACAAAAUUCAGUCGAGUUCCAACAAGUUCAGAAUGUUGCAAAAUAGUUAUUUGAAGUUUCUGAACAAGGAUGACUUCAAACCCCUACCAAGUGCAACAACAGACAAAGAUGCUCUGCUUAUGCUCGAAGAGGAAGAGGCAGGAUCCGCUACUCAGCAGGAAAUAGAUUCAUACUCAAGACAAACGUUACAGAGACAAACUGAGCGGCAAAUGGGAGGACGGACAAGCCAGUUCUUACAGCAAAGAGAGGAAGAGAUUACACAGCUAGCACGAGGCGUUCUCGAGGUGAGCACUAUUUUUCGAGAAAUGCAGAAUAUGAUCAUCGACCAAGGAACCAUCAUUGACAGAAUAGAUUACAAUUUGGAAAACACAGUUGUAGAACUUAAAGGUGCUCAGCGUGAAUUGGAACGAGCGACAGUUUAUCAAAAGAGAACUCAAAAAUGCAAAGUUAUUCUUCUGCUGUCGCUAAUCGUCAUGGCGUUGUUUUUCUUUGUAAUGUUGAAGCCGCAUCACCAUGUGUCGGGCAGAAAACCCAAACAGGAGGCUCCGCCUUAA